UACGCGCACGGCACACGCCGCAGAGGCGGCAGAGGACGUUAGCCCGCACGACGUGACAGACGCGUUCGUUUGUAAGCAGCAAUCUACUUAAAAUCGUGGCAGGUGUCGGUACCGUCAUGUGUGUGUAAAGUGAAGUUUUGUGCCAAUUCAGUUUCCUGUUUUCGGAUUGUUACAUUCAAAUAUGGGUGAAUCGUUGCUGAAAGAGGAUCCCCUCUCCAGGAUCCAGAGAGAAAUCAUUGAAGUCACGGAGAGGGAAAGGGAGUUCAAGGAGGGCCAUUUCAGAAUAAAUAGGCUCCUGUCAGAGUCCACCAUUGAUGUAAACAAACAAAACGGCCACGUCAAUGGCAAUGGCAUCGAUAAACCUGGGAAAACUUUAAAUAGAGCUGUGUCCACUUCACAUCUACUAGGGCCUAUAGCACCGUCACCUCCUACUACGCCCGCGCUCCUGAAUACAAACGGCUACACGCGUAGAUUUACGCCUCAAAAUGGGACAAAAGGCUUGAUGCAAAGGUUUAUCGCAAGUAAGGGUAAAAUGCCAGCUACCUCGCCUGGCGCUCCAACAUCCCCUACCGCGCUUGUAACUACGCCCUUUCCACCGGCGCCGAUCGUUCCAAUCGUGCCCGCCGUCGCACCUGCGGCUAUAACCCGCACGCCUGAGGGCAAACCAGUGAGAAAAGGUUACGUUCCAGUCGAAGAAAAAAUACAAAAGGAGCUCCAAGAGAUGAAAAAUAGGGAACACGAAUUAAAGAAAAUGAGAAAGAAACAAAAGCCGUUCGAUUUAGAGCUCAGUGAUAAUGAAACGACUUCGGAAUCAGAGGAUGAAGAAAUCCCGAUGCCGGGAAAAUUGAAAGCGACAAAAUCGAUAGGCGAAUUAUACGAGGCAUUGAAUGAAGAUCUAAGGUCGCCAUCUCCGAGAAAUAGUUCCGGGCACGACUCUCUCGGUAGCUUGAAGCCGGCGAAAUCGUUGGCGGAGCUGUGCGAGUUGAGUCCAGGACAAGAGUUCUUAGCUCCGAGCUCGACGCGCCUGAUAGCCCAAUGGGAAUCCAUGAUUCAACAAAAGCAAGAAGCGGGCGCGGCCUAAAUCGCCGGGAUGUACGGUUAAAGCGUGUGAUGCCAAAACUGCAUCGUAAAUAAAAAUCGGUGGACUGGAAACGUGUGGUGGGUGAGCUCGCAUGCAAAGCGCGUCAUGUGGACAGUGUAACGGACGCCAGUUGGCAUUUCGUGAUCGUUAAACUCCAACAUCCUAACGGUCUGUGCCCGAGUGAAACAGUUCGAUUUCUCAUUUUUUCGGCCAAUCGAUUGUGAAGCAAUUAAUUUUCUCCGCGAACAAUGCAAAUGAUGGUUAUCCGUAACGUCUAUUAAUAUGCUGGAAAGCCGAUACGCGCGGCAUAUGGUGUGAGAUAGUUUCAUCCCAUUGUUUAGUAUUUCUAGUGUAUUCAAGAGGUUUUUAAGAAGCUUUCCCGGCGCAAUGCGUCUUAGCGUUAGCAAGUGAAGAGAAGCCUCAAUCGUCGUGGGAAAUUGGGAAAUGUAAGAAUAGCUGUGACCUUGAUACGCUCGCUUUGUAUAAUAAAAACUAUUUCAAAAGUUUUUGAAACAAAUUUCUACCCCUUUAAUAUUUCCAUGUAUAUGUCUAUCAAUUCCGUUUCGCCACAAAUCACGCUUUAUAAUUUUGAUGUAGUUUAUUGAAUACGUUGUAGGUAAAUCAUUUGCUUUCUUUCAUCUUUUAUCACAUGUCUUCAAUAAGCGAUGGCAGUCCAAUGUUGCCUGAUUGCACUCAGAUGCGUGAUUGUUAUGCAUAAUUCAUUAUUCAAUUGCGACAUACUUUCACGUUUCAUGUAUGACCUUCUCUAAGACUAAUCUUAUUUUGAACUCUUAUAUGUUCACUCUUAUUUCCAACUAUUUUAUUCUUAUACACACUAAUGAUAUUUGUUUCAAAAACACAUUUUUCUAAAAGAUGAUGCAAAGUACUUAAAGUUUCCUAUUUAUAAAAUUCUAUAUACUUAGAUAUAAGCGCGUGUUCUAGGCCUCGCUAAUAAAAAAAAAUUCUUAGCCAAUGAAUUUACUUGUAAAUUAGUGUAUUAAUACGAAAAAACGUUGAUCGUUGAAAUAGAGUGCCUUAUUUUAUGUAGCGUGUAGCACAAGUUUUAAUACUUUUUUAUCAAUGACAAUUUAUGUUCUAUUAUAAAUCGUUCAUUCGUCGAUGGCAACUCUAUCUUUUGUAUAUUGUAUAUUUAUGAAUUAUUAAUAUAACUAAUAAUAUUUUAUCAGUGAUACAGUCACUAAAUGUUAUUGAAAUGAUUAUUAUAAUAUCGAAUUAAUGUAAAAAACAAACAGAUUGAUAAAAAUAAACGUGACGGUCGUUUAAUCAAGUCAGUAUCUUAUCAAUGCCAGAUACAGUUCGAGAAAUAGGUAAUUAUUGUUGAAGUAUAUUAAAAUUCUAUAAAUUAAAAUACAAGAUUGCAUAUAUUUUUUAAGAAAUUUGAAUGGAUUCUAUAUAAUUGUAUAAAUAAAUGAAGUAAUCCUUAUCGAUAUUGUAAAUCUCUGAAAACGUUGUAUUGCGUUAAGAGGGAAAGUAGAUCAAAAUUAAAUGCAAUGGCGCUGUUACAACGAAGCGCUAGUUUAUGUACAAUUAUGUUGACAAUAAGAUAAA